CAACCUCCACUCGUGAGCCACAACAUAGGAUCACCCGUCGACACCCAUAGAGGAUCUGCCUGAAUCUGUUACCGCAACAUGGAUAUGCCUUGUCUAAGCGAGAGUCUUCUACAAGACGUCUUCUCUAACAUGGAUGGACAGAAUCGUGAACAAAUAUCUAUUAGCCAAAACGACUGCAACCAACAAUCUGAUAACCACGAAUCAUCCUCCAGCAGAUCCUCACAGUACACUUUGGACAUGAUUUUCAACAACCUGAUCUACCCAGACGUUAACGAAGGCCAGUGUGUCACAUACGACACCCUAUUACAAACCCUAUCCGACAAAGACAAUGCUGCCUCUGAUUUGCAGUGUUCUUGGCUUCCACGGACACAGGUCGAGGACAGUGUGUUACUGUCUGAAGCAUCCGUGAAAAGAGGAACCCUUUCAGGAAAGAGGAAGCGUUUAGAUCACCUGUCGCGUGGAGAUGACACCCAGAAACGGCUCAGAUGCAAGACUCUCUCAGAUGACUCUUGUGAAUCUCCCCAAGAUGAAUCAAAAGUCGCAAAUACUGACAGGAGAAAAGUGGUGCCAAGACGAGUGGGACAAUGCAGACGUUGAUUCAUCGAUAUCCAUUGUUGAAUGAUCGUAUUCAUUAUCAUGUGUUGCUUGUAUUGCCUUUAGUGUAUCUCUUUGUCGUACGUGAGUUCUCAAGAGCGUGUGAAACCAUGUUUGUAUUAAGGAUAUUCUCAAAGAUACAAAUGUCACGAGCUAACAAUACAUGUGCA